GAUGUCUUUGUUAGUGUGACGGUCUUGAUAUUACUAGUUUGACAUUAUUUUAGAUUCGUUGUAGAAAACAGACCCAUGUAUUAGUAAUUAAUCUGUGAAAAAUUAAACUCUUGACUUUGCUUUAACUUCUGAGAUGUACUUAUGCAAGUUAGUAGAGUGUCAAUAGAAUGAAUAAUGAGUUGUUGGAAAUCAAAUGGAGAAAAUAAAUGGUAGAUAGGGAGGGUGUUGACAGUUAUUAGGCAUUAAGAGAGAAUAAUGACAGGCAAAGGAUGAUUGCCUCAAAGGAUCAUUGUCCUACUUUUUGAGCUUUGAUGUGUACAGCAGCAUGCCUUCAUUACAGAAUAGGAAUAUGUUAAUGGCCUCUUAAUUGUCUGGUAAAAAGUGAAUGCCUGAGAGCACACAAAAAUAGAUGUUUGAUACUGACUUUGGCUUUGGUACAAUUUAGCCACUGGUCUUAUUUGUUAAUGUCUUUGAAAAGUAUUUUUUGAAGAUAAAGAAUGUCACACUUUGUUAAACUAUUGUAAUAUUUGCUAGAUAAAUGUUUUCUAUUGUGUGUUGAUAUUUAAGAGAAAAAAAUUAUUUGAUAUUGAUACUUAUCAUCCUUAUAUUUUCUUCCCACCCCAGGCCUGGCAACGUCACACCCUCGACCCCAUGGCGGAAAGAGAAAGAGCCCAGAGCUGCGACCACUCAUGGAACCUUGUUCACAGUUCUGCUAUCUGCAUCUACCUGAUGCAAAAGAGAAGAUGGUCAAUGCAGCCUCGCUGUCAUCAGAUAAGCUAAGAGAUGACAAUGAAUCCUCCAAUGAUGCCAAGCCACGAAAGAUCCGGAAACAUGCCUCAGUAGACUCGGGAAAUGAAGCAAGCUCUGAGGACAGCAACGACAGUAUAAGGAUGAGUGGGCGGAAGGGAGAGAAGACAAACUCAGGAUGUGUUGAUUUUGAUAGUAAAAAUGGUUCUGCUCUCUCUGCGAACACAAACGGUAGCCUUGCUGGCCUCCAUGGUAAGCGGAUGAUCGGGUCAGAGGCAGAUAAUGUGCGCACGAACAACAAAUAUGUUUAUACCCAGCCUGUUGCAGUGGACAGCCUACAAGCGAAGCUGGCCGAUCACAGUGACCCCAGCAGCCUUGGGACGUGGCUUGGUGCAGAGGCGUCGAUGUUCCGUGUGCUGCACAAGGUGUUUCUGAACAACUACUGUGCCAUAUCGCAAGCCAUCCUCACCAAGACAUGCCAGCAGGUGUACUAUUUUGCACAAAAAGAAGCAACAGAUUUGCCUGCUGAUGCAAGUGUCAAAGACAACACACCACCUCGCAAGAAGAAGAAGAAGCAUCGCUUAUGGUCAAUGCACUGUAGAAAGAUUCAGCUCAAGAAAGACUCUUCAAGCAAUCAUGUAUACAAUUAUUCUCCAUGUGACCACCCAAAUCAGCCCUGCGAUCACAACUGUGGCUGUGUUAUGACGCAGAACUUCUGUGAAAAAUUCUGUAACUGCAGUCCUGAUUGCCAAAACAGAUUUCCUGGUUGUCGGUGCAAGGCCUCAUGCAACACAAAGCAGUGUCCGUGCUUUCUAGCUGUGCGUGAGUGUGACCCAGACCUUUGUGUCACUUGUGGAGCCCAUGAAUUCUCAGUUAGUAAGAUCACCUGCAAGAAUGUAUCCGUGCAGCGGGGAUUGCACAAACACCUCCUGAUGGCUCCCUCGGAUGUAGCAGGCUGGGGCAUCUACCUCAAAGACUCUGCACAAAAGAAUGAGUUUAUAUCUGAAUACUGUGGGGAAAUAAUAUCUCAAGAUGAGGCGGACCGCCGUGGCAAAGUCUACGACAAGUAUAUGUGCUCCUUCCUUUUUAAUUUGAAUAAUGAUUUCGUGGUUGAUGCAACACGCAAGGGGAAUAAGAUCCGCUUUGCAAAUCACUCCAUUAAUCCAAACUGUUAUGCUAAAGUCAUGAUGGUUAAUGGUGACCAUCGCAUUGGCAUAUUUGCAAAAAGGCAUAUUCAAUCUGGCGAGGAACUGUUCUUUGACUACAGAUAUGGACCAACAGAACAGCUAAAAUUUGUCGGCAUAGAAAGGGAAAUGGAGUUCCUUUAAUGAUGGCCAAUAAUCUAAAUCUUUACGUACCUAAGGUGAAAAAAGAAAAUCACUGUUAUUUAAGCCAUAUCACUGUUUUGUAUGAUUUUCUUUUUCCUUUCCUGUAAACAUAGAUGGGAAGGUAUUAAUAUUGUGCUGCUAUACUGUAUAUUUCUAUUGCCUGUCGAGAUCCAAAGAGAAACCUGUAUGUAAUCGUGAAAAAUUAGGCUUUUGGACUGUGAUGGUAUUUUGACUAAUCUUUACUGAUUUCCUCAUUUUAUAUAUUUAUACAUAAGCUUGCUGAGUAUUUUGACAUUUUGUUGUUGAAUGAUAGUUGAUGAAUAGGAAAAAAAAAGUAUGAUAGUGGUUUUUAGAUUUGAUUAUUAUUUAGGAAUCCAUUAAUGAAAAGCAUGAAUUGAUGUCAUUUCAAAAAGAAGAGAAAUGGAAAAUAUUUAGAAAAUUAUUUGAAAAAAGGAAAAAAAUAAACAAUUGAAAACAUGUAAAGGAAACUUGAGAAAAGAAUUAUUAAAAUUUAAAAGAAAUAAAAAAAGAGAAGAAAUGAGAUAAAAAAAACUUUACGCUGUACUUAAUGAUAAAUGAAAUCAAGUAUGUUGAUUGUAUUUGAGUGUACAUGCGUAUGGAAGUACUAUUAGUAUACUGUGCUUUUGGUAUAAGUUAUAUCCUGUUUUGUAAUCUGUAGGUUUUGAUAAGAGAAAAAGAGGAAAAUGUAAAAGGUGGAUUUAAUUAACAUUUUUUUUUUUAACAGUACUAUGAAGGACCCUGUUUCAAGGUCUGGAUUUUGUCUUCGUUCUCUCAUUGAUAUGCUGUUGAUGUUUAUGUUACUGUUUUAUUUAUUUACUUUUUUUUAAGCAAAUUGAAGAAAGUUAUACUUCCUCUCAGUAUACCUGUCAAGUAUAACAUGUAUAUUCUGUGCUACAGGAUAUAGGUAUUCUCAUGAAUAUGCUAUUCACAUCUGUGUUGCUGUUUGAAACUUUUUUUUUCUUUUUUCUUUUAGACCAUUCAGAAUGUAAAUAUGCCUUUCUCUAGUGUAGCCUUCUUUUAAGGUAUGUCAGUUUCACUGGUACAGGAACCCUAAUUUAUUUUAGUUUCAGUCUAUAUUUUUUCUUUUUUCUUUUUACACUUUUGUUAGGAUGUCAGUACAUGAAAUCCAUAUAUUUACACAAGUAAGAGUGAGCUAGGUUGAAUGUGGAUGUUAACGUGUACAAAGAUUUUUUAAAGAAGCUCAUGUAUUUUCUGAUUGUACUCGUGCAUCCAUACUUAUGCGUAUGCUUAGCUUUGUGAGGAUGCAUGUCUAUAUGCCGAUAUACAUAAUGUACAAAUAUGUGCACUAUAAAGCACAUGCUCAUAUACCUGUGUUUAUCAUUUCUUUAUUUACAUGUACAUAGAUUAAAAAAAGAAAAAAAAGAAAAUAAAUUGACACUGUAUGUACAACAAUGUAUUAUGUUAGGAAAGAAAAGAAAUUGCCACCUUGUGAUGAGUUUGUCGUAAUUUGUUCGAACUGAGAAGUUCCAUAGGGCCAUAUUUAAUUUUUAAAAUUACAAAAUUUGUAUCAGCCAUGAAAAUAAAACAAAAAAUAUAGUUAUUUUUACAGUUAUGUGUUAGUAUAGUGCAGUUGACAAGAAGACUGACUAAAAAAAAAAAAAUAAUAAAAAUUUUAAAAAUAAAGUUCAUACUGAUUGAACUCUGAAAAAAAAAAAAAAAAAAAAUAGUAUUGGCUAUCAAAAACAAAACAAAACAAAAAAACAUUCCAGUCAGUUUCCUUCCAUGUACAAGCCAGUAUUGCUAACAGUAGGAUUUCUUGUCUAAAAAUUGGCAGUAUUCAUAAUUUUCUUUGCAAGUAUUUUUUUUCCUAAUCCCCAUACCUGUUUUAAAAUAGUAAUUUCAGAUCUAGUAAAUCCAAGGGCAGCAGGUUUUUUUUCAGCACUUGAUUCCUUUCUUGUGUAUCAUAUGUUCCAGUCUUGUUAGGGCCUGGUAUAGUAGAGUGGUGAUGUAGACGCUUUAUCAUUAAGGAAAUGAACUCCAGAGAAGAUCAGGGUUAAUAUCUCUUGUAUGAUAAAUUUGUUACACAUGUGAGGAGAGAAUGCAAGUUCAUGUGCAUAAUGAUGAAAAGAGCAAGAAGAAAAUGGAAUGUGUUUAAGGUUAAUUACCAUAUUUAAUCCCCCCCCCCCCCCACACACACACACCUACAAAGACCCCCCCCUGUACGAUGCCAGCUCACAAACAUGGGCCUGAAAGGUCACCAAACUGUAUCUGUUUCUGCUAUAGCUCCCGGGUGGCUAAUGACGUUGCCUGUGGUAGCAUGUAGACAAUUCCUUUCCAAUAGGUUUUUGGCAUUAUCAACAUGUUAUAAUAUUAAAAAGUAUUAUCUACAAAA